GGCGGUUGGGCGCGCGAGCCGGGGAGCAGCAGCCAGGCCGCCGCCCCGCCCCUGGAUGCCGCUGCGCCCGGCGCGGCCGCCGCCGAUCCCGCGCAGGAGCCGCCGCCCGCGCCGCGGGGAGCCGCUGGGCCCGGGGCCGAGGAGCCGCCGAGAUGCCGCAGUCCAAGUCGCGGAAGAUCGCCAUCCUGGGCUACCGCUCCGUGGGGAAAUCCUCACUGACGAUUCAGUUUGUUGAAGGCCAAUUCGUUGACUCCUACGACCCAACCAUAGAAAACACUUUUACAAAAUUGAUCACCGUGAAUGGACAAGACUAUCAUCUUCAACUUGUAGAUACAGCUGGGCAAGAUGAAUAUUCCAUCUUUCCUCAGACGUACUCCAUAGACAUUAAUGGUUAUAUUCUUGUGUAUUCUGUUACAUCAACCAAAAGUUUUGAAGUGAUUAAAGUUAUCCACGGCAAGUUGCUGGAUAUGGUGGGGAAAGUCCAAAUACCCAUCAUGCUGGUCGGGAAUAAGAAGGACCUGCAUAUGGAAAGGGUGGUGAGCUACGAGGAGGGGAAGGCCUUAGCAGAGUCUUGGAAUGCAGCUUUUUUGGAAUCUUCUGCUAAAGAAAAUCAGACUGCUGUGGACGUUUUCAGAAGGAUAAUUUUGGAGGCAGAAAAAAUGGAUGGGGCCGCUUCCCAAGGAAAGUCUUCCUGCUCGGUGAUGUGACUCCGCUGUGAACCCCGAGGACGCCGGGCCUGCGGGGGGGGCAAGCGCCCGCCACCUGUGAGAUAGACUCUGCUUCUUCCUCUUCUGUUAACCUGAGAGAUUGCAUUUGGGUCAGAGCUUCCCCUUCCAGAUUAUGUUCGCCUCUGACUCUGUCCAGAUGAGUUCACUUCCAUGUUCAAAUUUCAGGCAAUCAUAUUUUCAAUUUAUAUAUUGUAUUUCUUAAUAAUAUUAUGACCAAGAUUUUAUCGGCAUUAAUUUUUCAGUGUAGUUUGUUGUUUAAAAUAAUGUAAUCAUCAAAAUGAUACAUAUUGUUACACUACUAUAACUAGGCUACGAUAUAUCAGUGUUUAUUUCAUUGUGUUAAAUGUAUACUUGUAAAUAAAUUAGCUGCGAACCU